CGCGCAGCCCCGGCGCUCCGCCCCGCGCAGGCGCCGCCGGCCGCGGCCAUGGCGGAGAAGGUGCAGAAGAGCGUGAAGAUCGCGCCGGGCGCCGUGGUGUGCGUGGAGAGCGAGAUCCGCGGGGACGUGACCAUCGGGCCCAGGACCGUGGUCCAUCCCAAGGCCCGCAUCAUCGCCGAGGCGGGGCCCAUCGUCAUCGGAGAGGGGAACCUGAUCGAGGAGCAGGCGCUCAUCAUCAACGGGUACCCGGAGAAUAUAACCCCAGAGAGCGAAGAUGUGGAGCCCAAGCCCAUGGUCAUUGGCACCAACAAUGUUUUUGAGGUCGGGUGCUAUUCCCAAGCGAUGAAGGUGGGAGACAACAACGUCAUUGAAUCCAAAGCGUUUGUUGGCAGGAACGUGAUCCUGACGAGCGGCUGCAUCAUCGGGGCCUGCUGCAACGUGAACACCUACGAGGUGAUCCCGGAAAACACCGUCAUCUACGGGGCCGACUGCCUGCGGCGCGUGCAGACCGAGCGGCCCCAGCCCCAGACGCUGCAGCUGGAUUUCCUGAUGAAGAUCCUGCCCAACUACCACCACCUGAAGAAGACCACGAAGGCCGCGUCCACCCCUGUCAAGAGCUGAGCACCCACCUCGUGCUUCCCGCGCCCGGCCGGGAGUUUGGCCCUGGGAAGCACUACACACUGCGGGAAGAGUCCGGUCUCCACGUCCCUCAUUCCA